AUGAAGGAUGACUCCCAGACAGCCAACCAGACAAAUCAAGUCUUCUCCAUACAGAGCUAUCCAGCCAGGUCACGAGCGAGUCCGCCAGCCAUGAAGCUUUUCAUCUUGAGUCUAUCUUCCGUGAUCCUGGCAUCUAUGGCUGUUAUUUGGCGGUCACCAGACCCGGGUAUAGCAAAUCGCCCCGGUUUGCAAGAGGGGAGUCGAUGGUUGGGAGGAUCUUUAGAGUCAGAUCUUCGGCGGGAGAUUCGCGCCAGCGAGCCUGAGGAAAGCAGGCGUCGUCCUACAGUUGCAAGAGCAUUGGCAUGGAUUCGCCAGCGAAUAAUUACCUGCACUAAUCCCGCGAUGGCCAGUAACCAUCCAUCCCCUGAGCACGAAGCAACCAACGGACAAUUGAGACGCCAAUCAACAUCGCCCGGGGCAACAGACCAAGAAGUCGGACAUCGAUCUGAUGCGUCCGAGGCCACUAUCGAAGAACUUGGACAUCCAUCAGCUCCCUUCGAAGCAAGUGGCGCCGAAACAGGACAUUCAUCACCUGCGCCAGAAGUAACGAACGAAGAGCUUGCUGCUGAUGAGGAUGCAAUCACAGUCGUACAUCAUGAGGAUGGUUAUGAUGUGUACUACGGAGGAACGUUUCGCUUCACCACUUCUAGCUCCCUGUACGAAGCGUUCUCCCAAUAUCGCCCCAGGAAAACCAGGUUCGAAAGAAUUUCCACCAUUAUGGGGUACAUGCCUUAUAAAGAACACUACCAAUUACAACUCAAAUCUGGUCAGGCUACAGUCCCAUUGGAUCAAGCUCUGCACUUACUAGCCACCGAAAAAACUAGCCAACAUACGGAAAGCAAUGCACUUGACACUUCUAGUAAUCCACCUGUCACUUCUAGUAAUCCACUUGACACUACUCAUCAUGCCGGAGAUGAACUUGAAAGAUCCAGCAGCAAAUCCAAGGACCGGCAGCAUCAGCUAACUGGAGAUUACAGGAUCGAGGAGGAUCAGCUUGAUCAUGGCACAGCCACCCAGAAUCACGACGGCAGCUCAGCUUCGAAUCCGUCGCCCAUCAAUCAUUACACAACCACUGAGAAUCACGACGGCAGCUCAGCUUCAAAUCCAUCGCCCAUCAAUCAUGACACAACUACCGAGAAUUACGACGUCAGCUCAGCUUCGAAUCCGUCUCACAAUCUGCCGGAUCCUGAUAAAACCACCGAGAAUCACGACGGCAGCUCAACUUCGAAUCCGUCCAGUGAAUUAUCGGAUGUUCUAAUAGCAGACCUGGAUAGAUGUCCAAUUUGUAUACUAGACUUCGUGCCGGCCGAAGAAAUCACCAAGAAUCACUGGCUCUUCACUAAAGUGGCCAGGCUUAACAAGUGCAAACAUUACUUCCACCCCCAUUGUAUCCGACCGUGGGUGAUCGAUCGCAAACAGGACUGUCCAUCUUGUCGCCAGGCUCCAGGUGCUUGA